UUGAAUGAACCAGUUUCGGACGGUCUGUACGCGCAUGGAAUAUACCACAGCACAUUGUCAAUAUUGCACACGCGCCCUUUCUGUGGACACUUUACAGGCCACAUAAAUUGUAGAAGACAUUUGUGCGCGGUGAAAUUCUGAAUCCGUAUUUUUCCCGCAAUAUGAGUGAUUUCUGACAGCAAGAGGCCAGAGGGUUCUGUGAGACCUUUAAACACUUCUGAAAGGAUGGAGAAGAAUGACGUGAAGAUCAUCAACCAGGGUCUGGAGGACGAGAUGGAGGUGUGGGGUUACCGGCCGUGCCCCUGGAAGAUGGUUCUGGUGGCCGUUGGGGCGGUGUGCACCGGGGGGCUGCUGCUUCUGGUGCUCUAUUGGCUGCCUGAGUGGGGAGUGAGAGGGACCUGCACACGGACCCCCUUCAUCAGGGAGGCCCAGACACUGCUGCUAAGAUCCACGGACGAGUUUAGGAGGUGGUUCCGGGCCAAGGUACAUGUGAUGCUAGCCCCUGGAAAGAGACCCUUUGACGGUGUCGAUCUCCUAAGCCCUCUGCACAUACCUAAUGGGGACAGUAUACACUCCUUCAGUGCCCUCCAAGAUGAACAUCAGGGAAAAUACAUCCAUAUCCAGCCAGUUCAGGUUUGCUACUUCACCCACCACAGCACAAAAUACUACUGGAAUGAUCUGCUUCAGAAUUUUGAAGUGUUUAAAGGUUUGGAGGAUGUCAGGGUGACUUGUUCCAGCAUCCACACUGACCACAGCUCUGGUCUCAGCAAACUACUUCAGGACUACAGGAGACUGUUCUUUGAAGUGAAUGAGAUAGCAGUUAGGGUGCCAUCUGUGUUCAAGCUACUCAUAAAAGAGGUCCUGAAUCCGUUCUACAUAUUCCAGCUCUUCAGCGUGAUUCUGUGGAGCAUUGAACAGUAUUACUACUACGCCGCUGCCAUAGUCUUCAUGUCUGUCAUAUCCAUAGCUACCUCGCUGUACACCGUCAAGAAGCAAUACAUCAUGCUGCAUGACAUGGUGGCGACCCACAGUAUUGUACGUGUCUCAGUGUGCAGAGGGACGCUCGAUGUCGAGGAGGCCAUGUCCACAGAGCUGGUCCCUGGUGAUGUCAUCGUCAUCCCGGCCAAUGGAAUGAUCAUGCCCUGUGACGCCGUGUUGGUUCAUGGAAACUGCAUCGUCAACGAGAGCAUGCUGACAGGUGAGAGUGUGCCUGUCACCAAGACCAGCCUACCCAGCUCAGGAGAAGAUGGGGCUGGCCUCUAUAGCAUAGAGGAACACAAGAGACACACGCUGUUCUGUGGCACUCACGUCAUUCAGACCCGCUUCUACACCGGGGAACUGGUCAAGGCCGUGGUGGUCAGGACUGGUUUCAGCACAGAGAAGGGCCAGCUGGUGCGCUCCAUCCUGUACCCCAAGCCCACUGACUUCAAGCUGUACAGAGAUGCCUAUCUCUUCCUGCUCUGUCUGGUGGGAGUGGCCGGCAUUGGCUUCAUCUACACGAUCGUCCUCAGCAUCAUAAACCAGGUUCCAGCCAAAACCAUAGUGGUUGAAUCUCUGGACAUUAUCACCAUCACGGUGCCCCCGGCGCUGCCUGCAGCCAUGACAGCUGGCAUCGUCUAUGCCCAGCGCCGGCUGAAACGUGUGGGUAUCUUCUGCAUCAGCCCCCAGAGGAUCAACAUCUGUGGCCAACUCAACCUCGUCUGCUUCGACAAGACUGGUACUCUCACUGAAGAUGGUUUGGACCUUUGGGGGAUCCAGAGAGUUGAAAAUGGCAGUUUCUCUCCCCCAGAGGAUGACCCAGCCAAUGAGACCCUAGUCAGGUCCUCGUUUGUGUCUUGCAUGGCCACUUGCCACUCUCUGACCAAGCUAGAGGGAGAACUCUCCGGAGACCCACUGGACCUCAAGAUGUUCAACGCUACAGGCUGGAUUCUAGAGGAGCCAACAGAGGAAGAAACAGCCCUACACAAUCCCAUAAUGCCCACCGUGGUGCGGCCACCCAAACAGGUGCUCCCAGAGGUCAACCAGGAAGUCAAUCUAGCACAGAACAUGGAGCUGUCUGAGCUGACGUUGUCCUAUGAGAUUGGGAUCGUCCGGCAGUUUCCAUUCUCGUCAGCUCUACAGAGGAUGAGUGUGGUGGUCCGGAAGCUGGGGGAGAAGCGCAUGGACGCCUACCUCAAGGGGGCGCCAGAGGUUGUGGCCAGCCUCUGCGCAGAGGACACAAUACCAGAGAGCUUCACAGAGACCCUGGAGUCUUACACCAGGCAGGGAUUCAGAGUCAUAGCCUUGGCCCAUCGCCAGCUGGAGGCCAAACUCUCCUGGCACAAGGUCCAGAACCUCAACAGAGAUCUCAUAGAGACCAAUAUGGAGUUCCUUGGGCUCAUAAUCAUGCAAAACAAGCUAAAGGAAGAGACUGCUGGGGUUUUAAAAGACCUACGACGUGCAAACAUCCGCACUGUGAUGGUUACAGGCGAUAAUAUGCUAACCGCUAUAUCAGUAGCCAGAGACUGUGGGAUGAUAACCCCUCAUGAGAGGGUCAUCGUAGCAGACGCCACACCUCCCAAAGACAUCCAGCCUGCUACGAUCAAUUGGCACUACACAGAGAACCACGCCACCAGCAAAGACAACCGUGUUGAGUCAGUGGAAAUCAGCCUUGAGGAUGUGGGCCAUGUGGCUUAUGGUGAGCAGUACAAGCAGCAGGAGCAGGGCUACCACUUUGCCAUGAGUGGCAGGUCCUUUGCUGUCAUCACCGAACACUUCCCUGACCUAGUCCAAAAGCUGGCACUGCGUGCCACAAUAUUCGCCCGCAUGGCUCCUGACCAGAAGACUCAGCUGGUAGAGGUCCUACAGAGUGUGGACUAUACUGUAGGGAUGUGUGGUGAUGGUGCCAAUGACUGUGGCGCCCUAAAGAGAGCUCACAGUGGGAUCUCUCUGUCAGAGUUGGAGGCCUCAGUCGCCUCCCCCUUCACCUCCUCCACCGCCAACAUCUCCUGUGUGCCCAACCUCAUUAGAGAGGGGCGAGCUGCUCUCAUCACCUCCUUCUGUGUGUUCAAGUUCAUGGCCCUGUACAGCAUCAUCCAAUACCUCAGUGUCACGCUCCUCUACUCUAUCCUCAGCAACCUGGGAGACUUCCAGUUCCUCUUCAUUGACGUUGCUAUCAUUCUGAUCAUUGCCUUCACAAUGAGUCUGAACCCAGCGUGGAAGGUUCUGGUGGCGCGGCGCCCCCCGUCCAGUCUAAUCUCAGGCCCUCUGCUGUUCUCCGUGCUGACCCAGAUCCUCACCUGUCUGGCCUUCCAGGUCCUGGCCUUCGUCUGGGUCCGGGGCCAGAGCUGGUACGAGAAAUGGACGCCCCUCUCAGAUGCCUGUAAUGUUUCCAGUGCCAAUCUCACCCAUGGUCCCAACAUAACGUUACAUGUCGACCACAAGAACAUCAAGAACUAUGAGAACACUACACUCUUCUACGUCUCCUCCUUCCAGUACCUGGCAGUGGCCAUCAUCUUCUCCAAGGGAAAACCGUUCAGACAGCCAAGCUAUAAAAACUGGCCGUUCAUGCUAUCCUGUAUGGCUCUGUACAUAUUCCUCUUCAUGAUCAUGCUGUAUCCUGUUCCUGCCAUCGACAAUUUCCUGGAGAUUGUGUGUGUUCCCCAUGAAUGGCGCAUAACAGUGGUCAUCAUUGUCCUAGUGAACGCUGCUGUGUCUUUCCUAUUGGAGUCUGCUAAUGAGCAUUGGUGCACGGCGUUCCUCUCCUGGCUGUUCUAUCGGAAGGGGAAGACCCCCAGAGUGCGCUACAUGCAAGUCGCCCAGGAGCUGCAGGAGGACCCCAACUGGCCCCCCAAACCUGCUACCGUCACCUACACCACCAGCACCCCCCUCCACACUGUCAGCAUGUGACACAUGGCCACACCCACAUAUAGCUGCAACAUUUUUUUAUAUAACUAGGCAAGUCAGUUAAUAGCAAAUUCUUAUUUACAAUGAUGGCCUACACCAGCCAAAGCCGCCAUAUGGUACUCUUGAUCAUGGCCAGUUGUGAUACAGCCCGGGAUCGAACCAGGGUCUCUAGUGAUGCCACUAGCACUGAGAUGCAGUGUCUUAGACUGCUGUGCCACAUGGGAGGCAUACAGUAUCCAGUCUAGAACCUUCCAUUCCCUGGACCACUGACUGGUUUAUAACCAGUAUCAAGUAUAGAACAUUCCUUUUCCUGGACAAGUAGGGCUGUGAUGAUACCAGUAUCGCAAUAUUUUUCCAUGGCAAAAAUGAAAACAUGAAGCAGACCAAACUCUUAGGUAUUUUAAAAACCUGCUGUAAGUAAAAUAUUGUGUGCAAUAGGCAGGUUUGUUGUUGAGUAACAAAACGGACGCGUGCGUAACUAUGGGGGAAAACAGACAGGUUGGCUUAGAUUGUUGACAACAUGUCAACUAUAUUUAUUCUCCAAUGUUUAUUGAAAACCAAAAUCCAUUUGCACAAUGAGCACUUGUCUCUCAAAUACA